UGAGCGCGGGCGGAAGCGGCGGGCGCGGGUCCGUGGUGCCGGUGUCCGCCAUGGCGUCUAUCCUGGACGAGUACGAGGACUCGCUGUACCGCUCCGCCGCCGCGCAGCACAGCCGCGCCAGCGUGGGCAUCCCGCACUCCGGAUAUGUGAAUGCACGUCUGGAGAAGGAAACACCAAUAUUUAACAAGCAAAGGAUUGAUUUUGCUCCUCCAGAGAAAAUUAACAGCUUAGUGGUCUCCUCUAACCAGCUGUGUAUGAGCCUUGGCAAAGACACCCUUCUCAGGAUUGAUCUUGGGAAGCCAGAUGAACCUAAUCAAGUAGAGCUGGGACGCAAAGAUGAAGCGAAAGUCUACAAGAUGUUUUUGGACCACACAGGCUCUCAUCUCCUGAUUGCUCUGAACACCAGUGAAUGCCUUUACCUGAACAGAAGUGUUCAGAAAGUGCGAGCGCUCUCCCGCUGGAAAGGCCACUUGAUUGAAAGUGUGGGCUGGAACAAAUUCCUUGGUACAGAGACCAACACUGGGCCUGUCCUGGUGGGGACAGCCCAGGGGCAGAUCUAUGAGGCUGAAAUCUCUGUCAGCGAGGGAAGCCUCUUCAGUACUAAUCCCGACCAGUACUUCCGACAGGUCUACACUCUGGAGGAGGAAUCAGGACCUGCCCCAGUCUGCUGCUUGGAGAUUGAACGAGGAAUAGAAGGGAAAUUUUUUAUUAUAGCCACCACUCAAAAGAGACUUUUCCAGUUUGUUGGCAAAGUGCCUGAAGGGACAGAGCAGCAAGGCUUCAGCUCCAUAUUUGCUUUGCAUGCUGACCAUUUGCCAAGCUUCCGGGAGUUUCCAGCCAGCUUUGGUUUCAGUGAGAUAGCCUUUUACACCCCAAAACUGCGCUCCAACCCACGCUCCUUUGCCUGGAUGAUGGGAAAUGGUGUUUUAUAUGGUACGCUGGAUUAUAGCCGUCCUGAUUCAAUUUUGAGUGAUGAACGGGUCUGGGUUUAUCCUUCUGAUAUUGACAUAACUGUGAACAAGCCAAUAUCCAUUGUACUUACCCAGUUCCACUUCUUGUUGCUGCUGCCUGAUCGAGUGAAGGCUGUAUGCACUCUGAAUGGACAGGUUGUUUUUCAAGAUAUGUUCCUGGAGAAGUUUGGUUUACUGACACGCAUGAUCAAAGAUCCCACAGUCCAGCAGAUCUGGAUCCACACUGAGAAAGUGGUGUUCCGCUACCACGUCCAGCGGGAAUCUAGAGAUGUGUGGAAGAUGUAUAUGAAUAUGAACAAAUUUGAUUUAGCCAAAGAGUAUUGUAAAGACCGUCCAGAGUGCCUAGAUAUUGUGCUGGCAAAGGAGGCAGAGCACUGCUUCCAAAACAAGAGGUAUCUAGACAGUGCCAAGUGUUAUGCACUGACCCAGAACUACUUUGAGGAAAUUGCCCUUAAGUUCAUUGAAGCCAAGCAAGAAGAGGCCCUGAUGGAGUUUCUGAUUAAGAAGCUAAGUAACCUAAAGCCUUCUGAGAAGACACAGACCACUCUGCUGACCACGUGGUUAACGGAGCUGUACCUGAACUGGUUGGGUAUAUUGGAAGGAAACCCCUCACAGCGAAAUCUCUAUCUGGAUACACGGGAGAAGUUUCGCACGUUCCUGAGCAGUCCUAAAAACAAAGACUGUCUGUUUAAUAACAGGGCAUCUAUUUAUGAGCUGCUGGCAAGCCAUGGGGACACAGAGCACAUGGUCUACUUUGCAGUCAUCAUGCAGGACUAUGAGCGUGUAGUAGCUCACCACUGCCAGCAUGAUGAGUACGAUGAGGCUCUAAAUGUGCUGUCCAGGCACAGAGACGAGAAACUGUUCUACAAGUUCUCUCCAGUCCUCAUCCAGCAUAUUCCCAAGAAGGUAGUUGAUGCUUGGAUUUCUAUGGGCUCUAGACUGGAUGCUAGGAACCUCAUUCCGGCCCUUGUUAACUAUAGCCAGAGUGCCAGCACCCAGCAGAUCAAUGAAGCCAUUAGAUAUAUGGAGUUCUGUGUCUAUCAGUUGGAGGAAACCCAGCAAGCCAUUCACAACUACCUGUUGUCUCUUUAUGCUUUGUGUCGGCCGGACUCGCUGCUAUCAUACCUGGAGCAAGCAGGAACCAACCCAAACAGGAUCCACUAUGACCUGAAGUAUGCAUUACGCCUGUGCGCAGAGCAUGGGCACCACCAUGCAUGUGUCCAUAUUUACAAAGUGAUGGAAUUAUAUGAGGAGGCUGUGGAUCUUGCCUUACAGGUGGAUGUUGAUCUUGCCAAGUCCUGUGCAGAUCUCCCUGAAGAUGAUGAGGAACUCCGAAAGAAGCUCUGGUUGAAGAUUGCUCGCCAUGUUGUUCAGGAAGAGAAGGAUGUCAAGAAGGCGAUGGCCUGCCUCUCCAGCUGUGCCCUGCUGAAGAUUGAAGAUGUCUUGCCAUUCUUCCCAGACUUUGUCACUAUUGACCAUUUCAAGGAGGCAAUCUGUAACUCCCUGGAGGACUACAACAAGCACAUUGAGGAGCUGAAAAGGGAGAUGGAGGAAGCCACGCAGAGUGCCAAGAGAAUCCGAGAGGACAUCCAGGAAAUGAGAAAUAAAUACGGCUCUGUGGAGCCUCAGGAAAAAUGUGCUGCUUGUGACUUCCCACUUCUAAACCGCCCUUUUUACCUUUUCCUGUGUGGUCACAUGUUUCACUAUGACUGUCUCCUCCAAGCAGUGUUCCCAAACCUUCCUGCCUACAAACAGGCAAAACUUGAAGAUCUUCAGAAGAAGCUGGCAGCUACCAGUCAGCCUUCCAAGAGCCACCAUCGUCCCAAGGACGCAGAUACCAUUAGCUUGGGGAAGGGGCAGCAGAGCCGGGAACAGAUCAAAGCUGACAUUGAUGAUAUUGUGGCAGCUGAAUGUGUGUACUGUGGUGAGCUGAUGAUCCGGUCAAUUGACAAGCCUUUUAUUGAUCCCCAGAAGUAUGAAGAGGAGAUGCAGAGCUGGCUGUAGUUUUCCAAACCUGCAACUGUCGAUACACAAGAGUGGUUUUCUUCACAACUGGUGAAGCUUCUGUGGUGAGAAUAUAACCUCCAGAAGCAGGAACACAGUGGCAUCUGUUGAACUCUAAUAAAAGAGUAGUGGGGUCACUAUAGUGAACUAGUCUUGAAAAAUGUGGAGAAACAGCUAUGGCUGUCUAAGAACUUGAACAAUAGUUAGAAUUAACCUACUGGAAUAUAUUUAGCAGAUGUUUGCUGCUUGCAGUUCUUCUGAGGUUCUCAGUGUGAAGCUAAUGGAGUGCCUUGUUGUCCAGAAGGAAUUGGGAACAACCUAUGAUUUGUCUUCCCUGUUGUGUGGUAUUUGUUUUGGUGAAGACAAGCUUAAAGGAAAAGGUAGUGAACACUAAGCAGUGUAGGCUUCAUUCAUCCCUUUCAAAGCUAGAAUUGCCUUCUGUUUCCUUUUUUGCUGAGAGUCUAUAACCAUAUACAUGGAAAGAACGUGAAAGGACAAAUGUUCUUGCGUAUAUAUUUUGUAUUUGUGUAGCAUGAUGUUUACAUGUUUCUACACAAUGUAAUACAAGAAUGUGUAUCAUUCUCAAGCAGGAGUGUCUCAUAAUACACAUUUGUCUGAAAUUUAAGGUAUCUAAUUCUCUUUCCCACAAGUUUUAUGGACAAGACCAUAUCUUUCAGUUUUCUCUAGCUACUGUUUCUGGCAAUACUUUGUAGCCUGUUCACCCCUUCUUCACUAUCUAUAUCCUAUUUCUACUAUGGCUGUCUUUGUAUAAUGGAUCUUGGGUUUGUCUUCACCCAACACAAAAUUUAUAUAUGUAGUAGUAAGGUUUCAGCUGGCAGAUACUCUGCAAGCAGGAACACAGCCUGUUUGGGUUGUCCUGCUGUGGUCUACUGCAAGCUGCACUUGAGCACUAGGCAGAAGAUCUAGUCAUAGGUUCCCUCAAGGGUAGCCUACAGAAAAGUUCCGUUGGUGUGAAAUUUGCUUUGCUAUUUGAAGCCAGUAGCUGGUGACCAGGCAGGCUUUUGCCUUCCUGCCAGUAUUUGAUACUCUCUGGAGAUGGCUGCAGGUCACUGCUUCUGUCUAUUGCUCUGACUUGGGAAAUUCUUCUCUGAAGGUAUAGGUCACUGCAUUGUGGGUGAGGGAACAAAAAAGUCUUCUUCACUUGACUUAGCAAGGAUUCCUUGUUUUAUUUUUGAAGAAAAUAAAGUUUUAAUGAAAUUCUGCUGUUUGAGGCUGAAUCCCAAAUGUAGUAAUUGGCAGAAUAAUGGAAUGAUCUAAAUUAAAAAUGAUGAUUCUUGUAGUAAUUAAGGCAACAGAAAAUACUGUCUCCUGCAAAACCUCUUCAGUUCUUUCACAUGAAUACAUGUGCUUGAGUACCUCUCUGUCUGCUAGUCGCUCUGUUUAUAGGGUUGUAGAAAUGGGUCUUCACGCCAUUGAAAGGGAUUAUAAAUUGGUUUCCUCAAGGAGUUGACCUAAGGAUGUCGAUAACCAUUCAGCAGUCCAGAAGAACAUCCAUGCUUUCGUUGGGAACUUCAGCCUGGAAUGAAUGAAUUUUAUCUGUGUAAAAUUACAUGAGUAAUAAACCCCAGAGCUGACAGUAGGUCAGCUUAGAGGUUUUGAGAUCCUCUUUUCAUUGUUGGAGCCAUGGGAUAGGCAGUCUUAUUGCCACCUGGUAGUGUUUGUUGCUGCUUUAUCAAACCACUGUUUGUGUUCAGAAACCACACACGCUGUAGUUUUCUUUGGCUCUGGAUAGCCUUUUGCUUUGGGUAAGUCAGUGGGUCUGCCAGAAGAAUUUGUGAUGAAAACUAAAUAUGAUGUCUUUUGAAGUUCAACAUUAAACCUGUUGUAACCGGCCACUCCUGAAUCAUCAUCUUUUCAUGUAAGCAGUGUGAUGCUUAAGGUUGUAUAUGUCAUUCUAAAGCAACAGUAGCCCCUCACCCAAACCAGUUUCUGGUCAAAGGCAAGUGGCCAUUUUUCUGCCCUUUAGAGAAAUAUGAAUGGCAGCUCAUUCUAAUGGAGUCAUUUCAAGUUCUUUUCCUUGAGACUUUCUUAGUACUUGUUCCACCUCUUCUGGGUUUUUACAGAAUGCUUUCUUGGUAUAUUAGAAUUAUUAUAGUCCUCCAUUCUUUUCCUAUUAGUGCUACAAAACAGUUGCAUCGCUAAAUGUUUCUGUUGUGCUUUACAAAUUAGCAAUAUUAUUUGCUUAUAGAUCAUUCCAGGGAGAUCUGCUUGUCCAUAAGAUUGGAAGAAGUGUGUGUCUGUAGGAACUGAGGCAUAGCAAGUAAAUAAAAACUCUCAAGUCUUUGCCUGAGGUGGGGUAGUAGGCACCUCAAGAACUGCUGAUUCCAGUCUUAGGUAUUAAUAUGUCUCACUUAAAACUAGAACUAGUUUGUUCGUGUUUUUUAAAUGGCUAGUAUGCAACAGUCUCCAAGGGCUGUAGGCUUGUGCACCAGAUACACACCCUACAAAUCUCACACUUUCUCACUAUUAUUAACUGAAAAAUCUUCUAGGUCAUUCGCUGUCAAGGCUGUGGAGAGUUAAUGCCUGCAAGGGCUCCAGCAGUGACUAAAUGACUGGUGCCAGUAGUACAGGAAGCCACAUAAAGGUAUCUUCUGAACUUGCCUUACACUGUCACAGGCUUCAGAAGUUUCAAUAACCACUCACCUGUGCUUCUUUUGUAGUAUCACUCAGUGAAAAAGGUAAGGGUUUUUUUGGGGGAAGUGAACUGCUUACUGUACUCCUGUAAAUCUAAUCUGAGAUCUUUUCCUCUUUGCUUUCAGAAUAGCAUUUUAUCUUUUCUCCUUGUAACUUCAGCACAGUUACAUUUUAGAAACCCCAGUCCUUUGUAUGUUGCUUUUUUUAGCUGUGGUUGAACUGUGUACCAGCUGUUACAAAUGCUGUGCCCUUGGGCCUUGUCCUUGUCUGUGUGAAUAACCCCUACCAUUUAGUUUAAUGCAGCUAGAGAACAGCAUAACCAAAAGGGCAUAACCGUAGAGCCCCAGCCCUAUGUAACCAGAACAAAUACCUGUAAAUAGAUUUACACUGAAGAAAUUGAGUCAUGCAGGCAAGGCCUAAAGCAAACUUGUGCCUACUACCUCACCUCUCCAUGGCUUCAAGCAAGGGCCUGGGGAAAUGCUGUGAGAUGAGGGAGACGGUGAGUGUGCGAUAUGGAAGAGUUUGUAGAGAAUUUCGGAUGCACUCGCUGUUGGCCUAUGUAGUUGGAAGCAGCAAACAAACGCUUAGAGCUGUGUUUUGUCUAAAUGACUGGGCUGGAAAUCUAGGAAGGCAAAUUCUUAACAAGCCACUAGAUGUCAUUGCUGUCCAUUUAAAUACUGAAGUUUGUUACAGAGGAGCUAAAGGCAUUCGGUAGCAGAAGAGAGAACCGUACUAAAGGGUGAGGUAGGUUCCGAGUGCCUUUGGGGGGCAGGGUGGAGACAGACCUGUAAGAUAGUUAUUGGAGGCAAAGAUGCUAAAAAAAAUUGUCUUUAAGUGAAAGGCAAUUUCAGUUACUACAUCACCAUUUUUCAGGUUUUGAAUAUCAAAAGCUGGAUUUAUUCAGUUAACAAAUGAGUAUUGAUCCUCUUUUGUUUAACUGCAUUCUGGUGUAAGUUCCUGCAGACCUAGCUGAUUUAGUAAACUGUAGAGAGAGAGUCCCUGGGCUUGGAGUUACAAUAUCUGGUGGGCUUGGGUCUGGCCAUUUCUGCUUCCUCUUCACCUUGUCCUGGCAGCAGAGAUGGUAGAAGUGAAUGUAAGCCAGCUCAUUAGUUGCCUGGGUUCACAUGUAGUGUGUUGUGUUAAAACUGCCAGUAAAGCUGGAUUUGUAAUACAAUAUUGAACACAGACCUGCAUGAACAGAGAAGUUGGUGUGUUUGCUUUUGCCUCUGAGCUGCGGGGUCAUAAUCCCAAUAGUAAGCAAGUGGGAGUAGGAACAUCUUGUACUCCAUCAAAAUCAGAUGUUGUAGUUUGACUCAAGCCUGUAGUCAUGUAUUAGCUUGUAGUUCUUGGAAGAGGUAGUUCCCAUUCACUGCCAUGUCACUGUCAGUGUAUAAACUGUCUAUGUUUACAAGUGCAAUUACUUUGCUUCUAGUGGCAAUUCAUGGGAAGUCUGUUGUUCCUUGCAUCACUUAUCCAACAUCCCUGUCCUGAGCUGCAGGGCGACAGACUGAAAACGGAUCUCUUCCUUGCAACAAAUGUGCUGAGCUGAAAUGUGAGGUUUGAAAUAUACAAAAAUAUGGAAUUUUGGAUUUAAAAUGAGGAUUAUUUUUAUUCGGCUGGAUUAAGUAAUUUUCCCCAGAAUAGAUGGAGUACCAUGUGAUUCACUGUGGUAUGUGUAGUGUUUAUGAGAGAAUCCUCAUAAGCAUAUGGCAUCUUCAAAGCAGAGAGAGACUGGUCACUGUUUGUCUUUUCUGUACAUGGAAGAAGGGAUGCCCUAGGAAGGAGAGAAGGUAUGGUGGUUUCUAUAAAAUAAUUUGUCUGAACUUUAUGUAUCUGACAUCAGAGAAGCUUCCGCAGCAGAACUGUGAUAUUGAUGAAUCUGUACUUUUCACACUGAGGUGAUGGAGAAGAAAAAGGUCACUUUGUUUGGAAUAGUAAUUUUGGUAAAAUUCAAGAGCUUAAGUACUUAAAAGCGGAACAUUACAGGAGUGCCUUAAAUUUGCAGUGGGUUAUGUAUGGGUUCAGCUCCUAAACUAUCUGCUGUCUCUGAUUGUGCUCAGGUUUGACUUUACACCUUAUGAACCCUCUAUAUAUGAGCUUCGUGCCUUUACUGUGAUUUUGGAGACUUAUGACACUUCUCCAUCAGCUCAGUGUUUGGAUUUUUUUCAGUCUCAGGUCUCAUGGAAAGGCAUCAGGCUACUUAUUUGGGGUAUGAGCUUUAAAGUACCCUGGCUUGCAGCUGCUUUCUGGUGGAAGGAGGGGAAAAAAAUGAAACAAAAUUGUUAGAUCUACCUGUUGAAACUGGUUGGGAUGACAAAGAAAAGGGGCUCAGGCAUUUAAUGGUCAGAGGUAUUGGAGCAGCUUGUUUGAGUAAGACUGAACACUGGUUGCUUAGGAACAAGGAAGCUACAGGAGUUACAAGCACAAAUAUAACUGAUCUCUUUGUUAUUGUGGGGCAGCUCAGCAGAGGACAGUUUCUGACUUGCAGCAAGUCAGUGCUGGUUUCAGACUUGCUGCAGUGCUUCACAGCCCUGAUGAUAAUGGUUGUAGAGUUGUUUUAAUUCAGCACUUGAGCUGCAGAGCUUGGUUGGUGUGGGAAUAAGCACAGCUGAUGUGUCUGUACAACAUAAGGCUGUCUUUGAUACACAGAGAUUUCCAUCAUAUGCUUCCAAACACCACAUAAAUACCCAUGUUUUAUAAAUGGACAUACAGGCUAUACCUGAUAUGUCAGGUAGUAAUUUUUGGCAUUUCCCUACUUUGCAGGGGUUCACAUAUUCCUCCCAUGCUGCUGUGUUGGCUGUAGCCUGGGUUGUCUUCAGAAGAGGAUUUGAUGGAGCCUUUUGUUUGUUUAACACAGUUUGUUUGCUUCCUCUGUAACUGAGAAUACUGCUGGUAGAAGUUUUUGCAAUGAAAGUGUUCAGAAGAAGCCGAACCGCAGCCUGCCCCUCAUGUUGUGCUCCAUAUUGAAUGGUUCAUUACAAGUGGUGGCUUAUAUGAGAAGGAUUGAACAUCUGGUUUGGUAUCCAGAAGCAGGUAUUCUCCAUUUCAUGCAAUUGAAAGCCAAGUGCUGGUCACUUGGCAUGGGACAUGAUCUUCGGAACACAGCCUGAGCUUGGAGGCUGCUGCACUCCACUUAAGCAGACAUCUGUGUUUUCCAAUUAGUCAACAGUCUUCUUUUCAUCUCUUUGCAUGUACAUACUGCAUAGAUUUCCUAAUAAGUGAAUUAUUACUGAGGAA